GUGGCAUUCAACGCUUCCUGGAACUGCACAGAUACGCCCGUCAGCUCACCGAUUUCCGUCAGUAGAUACAUAUCAUGCCCGCCAAAGGUAUUGCCAUCCUGGGUUCCGGCAUAUUCGCCACAGAAGCCCAUCUGCCUGCCAUCGCCACCCUCGGGGAUGCCAUCGAGCUCAAGGCCGUCUACUCGCGGUCAAACAAGAGCGCAUCAACGUUCGCUCGCUCCGCCCAGGACAUCCUCAAGCUCUCGCACGCACUCGAUGUGUACCACGACGAGGACCCGGCGGCGUCACUCGACGUCCUCCUGGCCCGGUCAGAUAUUGCCGCCGUCAUCGUCGUGCUCCCUAUCACCGUCCAGCCCAAGGUGAUCCUGAAGGCGCUUGCCGCCGGCAAGCACGUUUUGAGCGAGAAGCCAGUUGCACCCGACGUCAGCCAGGGCCGCGCCCUCAUCCAGGAAUACGAAUCCAAGUACAAGUCCCGCGGAUUGGUCUGGCGCGUCGCGGAGAACUUCGAGGCCGAGCCUGGCUACCGCGCAGCGCGGCGCGCAAUUGAGGACGGGAAGAUCGGCAAGGUCGCCUUCUACAACGCUUGCGUCGUCAACUACAUCGACGAGAACUCAAAGUGGUACAACACGCCGUGGCGCACUGUUCCGGAUUACCAAGGCGGUUUCCUGCUCGAUGGUGGCGUCCACACGAUCGCCUCGCUGCGGGUGGUCCUCCCGAGCGCCCUGCAGACCGUAUCCGCGUUCGCCUCGCUCGCAAAGGACAUCCUCCCGCCACAGGACACGAUCAACGCCAUCGUGAGGAACGUCGACGGCUCGCACGGGCUCGUCGAGCUCACCUGGGGUGCGCCCACCGUCACGCGCGCGAAGCAGGCAGGCAACAACAUCACCGUCACCGGCACGGAGGGCUGGCUCGAGAUCACCCGCGCGAACGGCGUCAUGCGCAUCGCGGUGCACACCAUCACCCGCGACAAGGACGGCAAGUCGACCGGAGAAACGGAGGAGGUGAUCGAGGAGAAGGAGGUCGGUAUCCAGCGGGAGAUCGAGAGCUUCCUGCGCGCCACGGACGGCUCGGACGACGGGGUAGACGACCCGCGCAGCACCCUCGUGGACGUCGCGUUCAUCGAGGCGGCGCUGAACAGCAACGGCGCGCCCGUGGAUCUGGUGGCGCUUGCGAAGGUGUAGAAGCGUCAGAGAGAAGGGGAGGGAAGGUGCCCCCGAUGGCGGCGGCGAAUACCCGCCUCUGUGCUCGGGCAUACCUGUUGGAGCGUAGAGAAGCUGAAGCAGACCUGUCGGUUGUACGAGUAGCCACGCGGACUGCACCCGUUUCUCCGC